AGUUGUCAAAAUUGCGCAUGCGCAUUAUGCUCCUGGCUAGCAUAAACAUCCGACAAAUGUGGUUUUUGUCAGGUUAAGCAGCAACGGGGCGGGUUUUUUUUUAAUCCUGUGGGGAUGCGUGACGGUGUCCACGUUGCGUGAACGCGUGUCUGAGAACCAACAGGAAGCUCAGAGGUGAGAUGCCCCCCUUACCUGGAGCAGAGCUCAUUCAGACACCUGUCCAGCUGUACAGGUACCUGCUGAGGUGCUGCAGGCAGCUGCCGUCUGCCGCCAUGCAGCAGCACUACAGGCACGCCAUCCGACAGAGCUACAACAGCCAUUCUGAUGAACAAGACCCAGAAAGGAUCCUCCUUAUGAUAAGCCGGGCAAUUGCAGAUGCAGACUGGAUCCUGGAGAAGUACUGCCGGAGCAGGUGAGCGUGCUGCUCCCACCUUCUGUUUCCAAACGGGGCAUAAGCCAAGAAGUCCUCUAUGUUGCAGCACCUCAAUAGUCCACUGGUGGCAGGUUUAAGAUGACUCCAUGAGUUUCCACUAAAAAUAAAAGGUCCAGCCUGGUGUCAAAAA